AUAUCACACAAAACACAACCCCACACUCAACGGCUCUUCAAGCAACCCAACACCACUUCAUCCAAAGUUGUAAAUAUUCAAGAAAAGGUUAUUAAUCAAGCAACAAGUAAGGAAACCAAACGGAAUAACGCUGCAGCCCAAUAACUAUUUUGGGCUUUUACUAUAAAAAAAGGAGGAAAAUUAAAAAUCUUGACCAGUGAGAGCCAGUGGAAUAUAGCAGCCAUGAGCGCCGGUGCAGCAGCAGCGAUGGACCCGCUAGUGGCCCAAAGAAGAGACCAGCUCUAUGGGGCGACUCGAACCAAUGCCCUGACAGCUAUGAAGGAAUCCCUCACUCAGGAUCACAUAAAAAUGAUUGCCAAGGAAGGAAUGAGAUCAACAUCACCCAUUCUCAACAGUACAACUAAAGGAACUUUUAAGGGAACUCAACCAGAUCGCAGUGUCGGCUUUUCAUGGGACUCUGGUCUCCAGAAUCGAUCUCAUUUUGAGUUUCGAGGAGACGCCGCGCCCGUAGAUGACAAGAUAUACAAGGCUUCGCUCACCGCAGCCGACUACGCCAAGCAUAGGAAAUCAGAAAGGCUUCCUCCAGUCAAGCCAGAAGAUAAGAUCAACCUACCGGAUAUGAAUCCAAGAUACUGGAGAGAUGGUAAAUUCGGACAGUCUCUCUACGACUCAGACUUUGUGGGUGGAAAUACCAUACAUAACCUAGACCAAGACCCUUCCAUCUCCAAAUCUCGUCAUGACAUGAGGAGAAGAAACGUCAAAGAUCUGAGGACCACUCAUUUCAAAUUCGGCAACGACCCACAACAUUACGACUCCGAAACUGUCGACUCCUUCCACAAGAACCUUUCGAUGACGGGUGCACGCCUUGCACCCAUCCCGACCCCACCGGGUCCUAAGCAACCAGAGGAGAGCCCCUCAUCCGUUGCGAGGAAGAUGAUUGAGGAUGAGAGAGAAUCCGCUGUCUUCAGACAAGGAGAUUACAACGUCACGCGUCCCAGGCCGGGUAAGACAACAUUCUCACAUGAUUACAAUGCUACAAUGAAGCCAGAUAAAUCAGCAGCAUUCGUUGAACCAACCCGUAUAGCUAAGGGCCGCUUCUUGCAGGACGACCCGACACUAAGAUCUCAGCUGAUUGAAGAAGGUGCCACUCUCUUGCCACCCAUUCCCCAGGACGAAGAAGCCAUUGCCAAGGUAGAAGCCACAAGCUCGACACUCAAGCAGAUCUUCCUUCAGUAUGACCCUGCAAGGAUCGGUUGUGUGAGCAAAGAAGUUCUGAAGCGAGUAACGGAUAGUCUUCUUGACCCGAUCUCUGCGGUAGACCUUGAUAAACUCAUCACCAAGACUAGACAUGGCAAAGAUGGUACCAUUGACUAUGAAGACUUUGUCCAAAACUUUACAGCAUGGAAGAUGGGUGACGAAGCACACAAGGCCCAAGAGGUAGCAGCAGCCGAACCGAACCUACUACAGAUAACACCGGGUGUCCUCAACCGAGGAUUGGGAAAGAGUGCCGGUACAGCUGAGGGUAGUCCUAUGUUAGACAGCGCAAACCUGGGCAAGGAAUACCAGACUUCCGUCCAUUUUAAGUUUGGAACAGAUCAAAAUCCAGUUGGUUCUAUCUACAACAAGGACUACAUCAAAGAACGACCUGGCGUUGUCAUGCCAACCAAGGAAGAACCGCCAAAACCAUCCGAGGUGAUGCAUAAGAUUCUAGGCGUUGGUUUUGAGAAGAGCACGAAACAGAGCGACUUCACAGACUUCAGUGGAACGAAAUCUAAAACCCAUCUUCAUAUGAUGGAUGUUCGUAACAUGGAGAGUCUGAGAAACAAGCGUCGUCACAAUGUCAACAAUGUCAUCUUUACCUGCGACCGAGAUAGAGACACUGUCGACAGACAAGAUUCGCUGUCUCACACGAACUACAUCAAACACUCUCUGGACGGAGAUCGCAAGGGAUACGAGAUGCCGACAACCAAGUACCGCUAUCUGGACAGUAUCGGAUGUCUUCCUUACGAAGCUCACAUCCCGUCCGCCUCAGAGACCAGUGAGGCAUACGAUUUCCGCAAGAGCAUAAUGAAUACGGAAGAUGCGCAUGAACGACUCCGCGGGAUGCGGACCGAGAAGAAAGAACGCGUCGAGGAUGCGAGGAGGGUCCAUUUCAAGCUCGGGAACGAUGGACCGAGUCACGUAAGCGAAGCACAGGAUAGCUUUACCGAUGACAAUUACAAUGGUCUGCAGAUUCCAGCUGCUGGGAAGAAGAACAAGAGCGACCCCAACUACAAGCACACUCAUUCGAGUGAAAACACACAAGAUUUGAAGGAAGAUCCCAUGCGUCCAAGUAUAUUCGAACAGAUCAGAAUGGCGAAGAAAUCAUACUACAACAACACCCCGAACCCCCGAGACCCACUGCACCUAGAGCUACGGCAGUCCCUGAUGGCUGCCGACCCCGAGAGGACGGGUCGCUUGUCAAAGGCACAGAUGAAAGAAGUCUGCGGGAAAUUCCAAAUCAAUGGUAGUCAAAAGGCCAUGAACUCAUUAUUGCAAAGGUGUGACCGAGUUGGAGAUGGGUCGGUUGACUACAAUCAGUUCAUUAGGAAUCUGACAUUAGAACAGGUUCCAAAGGAUUUAUCAGCAGCUCAUAGUUCAUCUACUAUGAGCCAUGAUUAUAAACCUCUACAUCAACGAAGCUAUACCGAUGCCCAACUUCUUACCAUUCAGCAUAUGAAUAAGAAACCCAUCGUACCAGCCCAGUCUCAUUUCUUCCAUGCCGAUCCAUUUUUCGCAACACCGUUUGAAUCCAUCUCGAAUCUUGAUUUCUGCAAGCCAGAACUAAAAAGUUUAUGAAUUAUAUGAACUUUGUGGCCUUCCCGAUAUCAGUAAAACUCCGUCCGAAUUAUGUGUGCUGUAACCGAUAGUAUUGUAUCUCUAUACGUACUAGGGUUAUUGAUUAAAGUCAUAUCGUUUAAAAUACUUGGUGCAAUUUUAGUAGUGUAUUAAGUACCUUGUCUUUGCAAUAUGUAAAUUUUGAUAAUAAAUCGUGUCACAUGAUAUUAAUGCGUAUGUUUUUAGUUCUUUUCAUAUUCGAUGAAUGAGGUAUGUUGGUAUGUCAGUUUAUUUUCCAAUUGAUGUGGUUAAGCUUGUAAGAAGAUUCUAUUUGCUAGAUAAUUUAUUGAUGUGUUUUGUUUUUUAUCUCUACAUGAGAAACACUUGUAAUUAAAUGGUUACAAAUUUCAAAUCGCAUCUUCCAAAAAAAAACUGUUGCCAUAAUUAUUGGUUGAAUUCUUUGUAUUCAACCUCAAAAUCAUAUUCAUGAAUUUACUAUAUCUAUUUGAGAAAAAAUAACGACUUUCCUUGGAAUUGAUGUGCGUCCAUUUUAUUACAAUUUGUUGUAUUUACGCGCAGAUUAUAUUAAGUUUGUGUAAUUUUAUCACAAUACUAAAUUAAAUCAUUAAGUGUGCCCAUCCCUAUCCAAUUACAUUUGAUUUAUGUACAUGCACUUUCAACAUUCAUACUUUAAUAGUUGCAAGUCAUAUAGGGGUUGUGUAAAAUACGAGCGAGAAUACCAUUUAACUUCAGUGUACCAGUAAUGAAAUUAAGUCAUAAAUCACUGACUUAAACUCAGAAUAUAUAUCGACAGUGAAAUGUCAGUAGCUAUCAUUUUUAUACAAAACAUAUACCUCCUUAUACUUAUCAUGACUAUAAGUAUCUUGAAUUUUAUUAUUUACGGAUGUGCAUGUACAAAUUAUGCUCAAUAUAAUGUGCAUUAUAAAUGUCUUCACAAACAUUUGGUAAAAGCUGCAUAUUUUCAUUGAGCAAUAUUCAUUGACAAGCAAAAUACUGUGAGAAAAAAGUAUAACGCCAAUAUUUCUAGUUAUGUGUGCUUAUUAUUGGACAAAAAUGGUGUGCAAAGUAUUGAUUUUGUUGCUUAAAAUGUGCAUUUUUAAUUUGCAAUGUUUUUGCAGUAUAUCAUUUAUGUGCGAUAUUUCAAGUUUCCUUUGUUGUCUCAUAAAUAUGCAAUAUUUUGAAUGCCUGUAAAUAUAUUUUAUAAAGUUUAAUGUAAAGGAAUAAUAAUCAGAAAUCUACUCUA